GUUCCACUUCAUUGGAUAUUUAUUCAACUUCCCUCAUCAUUGACUGAAAGUAUUUUUCUACAGGCAAGAAGGAAUAAUGGUAGUGUGAGCAAGAAGAUGAUAUCUCUGUCCGUCAAAUGGCCACUUGGAACCAUGCUGCUUCUGCUGUCCUCACUGUUGAUUCUCUUAACUGUGUCAACUCCUUCCUGGUGUCAGAGCAGUGACACCUCGUCUCCAAAAGCUAGUAAUGGGUCACCAUUCCCUUGGGAUAAAAUUCGACUUCCUGAGCACAUCAGCCCGGUUCAUUAUGAUCUCAUGAUUCAUGCAAAUCUCACCACUCUGACUUUCGAGGGAACCACUCAGAUAGAAAUCACAGCCAGCCAGCCUACCACUACCAUCAUCCUGCAUAGUCACCACCUGCAAAUAUCUAAGGCCACCCUCAGGAAGAGAGUUGGAGAGAGACUGACUGCAGAACCGUUGAGAGUCCUGGAAUACCCGCUUCAUGAGCAAAUUGCACUUCUGGCUCCCGAGCCUCUGGUUGUUGGGCUCCUGUACACAGUUGUCAUUGACUAUGCUGGCACCCUUUCUGAGCAUUUAAAUGGAUUUUAUAAAAGCACCUACAGAACCAAGGAAGGGGAAGUAAGAGUACUUGCAUCAACACAUUUUGAACCUACUGCAGCCAGAAUGGCCUUUCCCUGCUUUGAUGAACCUUCCUUCAAAGCAAAUUUUUCAGUCAAGAUCAGAAGGGAGCCAAGGCACCUGUCCAUCUCCAAUAUGCCACUGGUUAAAUCUGUGACUAUUGCUGAAGGACUCAUAGAAGACCAUUUUGAUGUCACUGUGAAGAUGAGCACCUACCUGGUGGCUUUCAUUAUUUCAGAUUUUAAGUCUGUUAGCAAGAUGACCAAGAGUGGAAUCAAGGUUUCCAUAUAUGCUGUGCCAGACAAGAUACAUCAGGCAGAUUAUGCACUGGAUGCUGCAGUGACUCUUCUAGAGUUUUAUGAGGAUUAUUUCAGCAUUCCAUAUCCCUUACCCAAACAAGAUCUUGCUGCUAUUCCUGACUUUGAGAGUGGCGCUAUGGAAAACUGGGGACUGACCACAUACAGAGAAUCUGUUCUAUUGUUUGAUUCUGAAAAGUCUUCUGCAUCAAAUAAGCUUGGCAUUACUUUGACUGUGUCCCAUGAACUCGCCCACCAGUGGUUUGGGAAUCUCGUGACUAUGGAAUGGUGGAAUGAUCUUUGGCUAAAUGAGGGAUUUGCGAAGUUUAUGGAGUUUGUGUCUGUCACUGUGACUCAUCCAGAACUGAAAGUUGAAGAUUAUUUCUUUGGCAAGUGUUUUGAUGUGAUGGAGGUAGACGCAUUAAAUUCUUCACACCCUGUGUCGACAGCUGUAGAGAAUCCUGCUCAGAUUCGGGAAAUGUUUGAUGAAGUUUCUUAUGAAAAGGGAGCUUGUAUUCUGAAUAUGCUAAGGGAUUAUCUCAGUGCUGAUGCAUUUAAAAGUGGUAUUGUACAGUAUCUCCAGAAGUAUAGCUAUAAAAACACAAAAAAUGAGGACCUGUGGAAUAGUAUGGCAAGUAUUUGUCCUGCCGGUGACACACAAAGAAUGGAUGGCUUUUGCUCCAGGGGUGCACAUUCAUCCUCAUCCUCACACUGGCGUCAGGAAGGCCUUGAUGUGAAAACCAUGAUGAACACGUGGACGCUGCAAAAAGGCUUUCCCCUGAUAACCAUCACGGUGAGAGGGAGGAAUGUACACAUGAAGCAAGAGCACUACAGGAAAGGACCUGAUGACGCCUCAGAAACUGGGUACCUGUGGCAUGUUCCAUUGACAUUCAUUACGAGCAAAUCAGACUCAGUCCAAAGAUUUUUGCUGAAGACAAAAACAGAUGUGCUCAUUCUCCCAGAAGAGGUAGAAUGGAUCAAAUUUAAUGUUGGAAUGAAUGGCUAUUACAUUGUGCAUUAUGAGGAUGAUGGAUGGGAUUCUUUGAGUGGUCUUUUAAGAGGAGCACAUACAACAAUCAGCAGCAAUGAUCGGGCCAGUCUCAUUAACAAUGCAUUUCAGCUUGUCAGCAAUGGAAAGCUAUCAAUUGAAAAAGCCUUGGAUUUAACCCUAUACUUGAAGCAUGAAACUGAAAUUAUGCCCGUGUUCCAAGGUUUGAAUGAGCUGAUACCUAUGUAUAAACUGAUGGAGAAAAGAGAUAUGAAGGAAGUGGAAAAUCAGUUCAAGGCCUUUCUCAUCAGGCUGCUGAGGGACCUCAUUGAUAAUCAGACGUGGACAGAUGAGGGCUCAGUCUCACAGCGAAUGCUGCGGAGCCAGCUCCUCCUCCUUGCCUGCAUGUGCAAGUAUCAGCCCUGUGUACAGAGGGCAGAAGCCUAUUUCAGAGAGUGGAAGGAAGCUGGUGGAAAUUUGAGCCUGCCCAGUGAUGUAACAUUGGCGGUGUUCGCUGUGGGGGUCCAGAACCCUGAAGGAUGGGAUUUUCUUUAUAGUAAAUAUCAGUCAUCUUUGUCCAGUACCGAGAAAAACGAAAUUGAAUUUGCCCUCAGUAUUAGCCAAAAUGAGGGAAAGCUUCAGUGGCUACUAGAUGAAAGUUUUAAGGGAGAUAAAAUAAAAAUUCAAGAGUUUCCACAUAUCCUUAGAGCUGUUGGCAGGAACCCGGUGGGAUAUCCAUUGGCCUGGCAGUUUCUGAGGGAAAAUUGGGAUAAACUUAUACAAAAGUUUGAACUUGGCUCAUCUUCUUUAACAAAUAUGGUAAUAGGAACAACAAAUCAGUUCUCCACAAGAGCACGGCUUGAGGAGGUAAAAGGAUUCUUCAGCUCCUUGAAAGAAAACAGUUCUCAGCUCCGUUGUGUCCAGCAAACAAUUGAAACCAUUGAGGAAAACAUACGUUGGAUGGAUAAGAAUUUUGAUAAAAUCAGAGUGUGGCUCCAAAGCGAGAAGCUUGCACUGCUCUAACAGUUUGUUCCUUGGUGGUUCCUGUGGUAACAUUAUGCUAAAAUUUUGUCAGAUGUGAUUAUUUUCAAACCAGAGAUGGCUCUUUUGGCUUCUGCUGAAGAUAUUUUUCCAUUUCCUUCUUACUCAUUUGACUAUUCCUGUGACAAGACGGGCUACUAAAUUGUUCAUCAAUGGGUUACUGCUACAAUGUAUUUUAUUGACAGGUGUCACCCUGCAAUCUAAACCCAAGCGGUGGGUUCCUUACUGUAGAGGAGUAGCUUAUUUCUACCGUUUUAUGUCCUAUACUUAAGCCUUGUGCUUUCCAAACCCUGCUCCCCAUGUGUGUGUCAUCCAUAAGCUGUUUUGUCACUCUCCUUUAAAGACCUGUGCAUAGUGAGGACUGCUGAACAGUGAACCCCUGGAUCAGUGACUAAGCAUGUUCCACCUUUCCCUUCCCUGCCACAUGUCCAGGGGCUGACAUGUAGGCACAUGUCAUCAGGCUUGUUUGCUGACUUCUGUCAGUCUCCCAGGAGGGCAGAUGGGAGCUGGGGUAGGGGAGAAUAGAUGGGGGUGUUGUAUUGCCCUGGUGCCCUUGCAGGUUGCCUCGGGUGGCCUCCACCAAAGCUUGGCUCCUGAGAAGUGGCCCUCUUUUUACCCAGCCUUCUCCACCUCUGCCUUCUAGUAACCAUUCCUCCUCUCAUCCCUCCAGGAUGAGGGGAGGGUGAAGUGGGAGUCUGGCUUUUCAUAGUCCUAGCAGUACUAGUGGGCUCCUUACAUCCAUCCCCAUACCUUUGUUUAAAAAACAAACCUUUUUAGAGAACUCUUCUCAAUCCUAAUUUGAGUGUGUGGUCUAUUUCCUCAAGGACCCUGAGUGAUACAGUGUCCCUCUGAAAAAAGCAGAGUACAUUCAGGUCUAGAGGAGAAAGCUUUCAUUUGAAGUUGAACCUGGGAGCUGUUGAUACUUAGGUAGGUGAUGCUUCCUCUCUCUGCUCCAUAUUUGGCCUAGUUUAUAAUUCCCCAAAACCUUGUUACUGGCACUGCCACUAAGUCAUGGCAGAGUCUCCAAUAAAUAAUGUGAAACUGAAAUUAUAUUAGCUUAAGUGUGGCAGUGAGUUGUCUUUGAAGGCCUUUAUGAGUUUAACGUACUAUAAAAUUUAAAAGAAUAUAUGAAAAAUGUCAAUGUGUUCUAAUAUAUUGUGGAAUAGAGUGACAUGAAUGUGUUUACAAUUCUCUUUUUAUAUGUAUUGCACAGUCUAAUGGUUUGAGAAAUAAAACCAGGAAUCACUGGUAAUUUCCACCCCCAGGUAUUAACCUUCUAAAAGACAUACAAAGCCAAGAUUUUAAUGUAAAAUACUUUUAAUUGUUUUGUAUUUUGACUUAAUGAAACAUGGAAAUAGUGGUUUUCAUUUUGGUCACCUGAGGAACCUAUGUUAAUUUGCUUCUGGAGAAGUCCAUUUUCUAAAUAACAAUAUUGCUACAACAAUGUGCAAAUACCUUUUUGGGAAUAAAAAUUCUAUUUACUUCUAAGCAGACAUUUGCAAUCAUUUCCUCCGAUUUAGGUAAAAGAAGACUCAGACUCUGUAGCUUAGUCUCAUCAUUAAUUACCAGUAAACGCCCAAGUCUUGAAGACAUUGCUAAUGAACAAAAAGGCAUAUUCAGGGUACCUUUAAUGUUUACUUUUACAAGUGUUUCUUAAAUCUCUGGAUUUAAAAAUAUUUCUGUAUAUGCAGGGAAAUUAGUAAUACUGCAGCCAUUUCCCUGCAAACACAUCUGUCAAUGUCAAAGAUUUCAUUUGGAAAAAAAAGGAAAACUUUAUACUACCUAAUUAAAAGACUUAGAAAUACAGUUGAAAUCCCACAGGAGCAGUAUUCAUUAUUUUCUUGUCUGUCAGUGCUUUGAAAAGGUCUGUUUACUCUCCCUAGCACUGGCUUAUAUUUCCCAGAUUUAGAGUAAUAGAAUAAUGCCCGCAUCUCUCAUGGGAUAGAUACGCAGCAUUUAAAGGGGGCUAAGCAUGAUAUCCUAUAUGUAUGUGCAUGACUUUUCAUGAGAAUUUUGGAAGAGUUAGCAAUAUCAUUUUAUGCCCCAUUAUAGGUACUGUUGUUGUUUUUCCUCCCCCCAGUUUCUGGACAGUAUUGGUGAUAUUUCUCAUUUUUAGAGAAGUCGGCUAAGUUCUAAUAAGAACUUAAAACAUAUGCUAAGGAAGGCUGUGCUUUCUGAAAUGAAGAAUUCCAAAUCAGUUUUAUGACAUGUACCUGAUAUCUUUUCCUGCAUCCAGUACCAAGAAAUAAAGAUGAAAUUAUUUAUCGAAAUCCCCUCAAGGAUAUCAGUGCUAUGUUCAUAAACAAUUCAUUCCAAAAGAUCUGAGAAACCAUUCAAAGUUGUAUGACAUCAGAACCUAGUUCUUGAAUUGCUGUGGGAGAAAAGCAGGUUUUUAAAUUUCAGAUAGCUUUUUUUUUUUUUUUUUAAGAAGUUUUUAUCUUUGGUAAACCUACCUUCCUUAAAGCCAGAUGGUACACAGUGCACAGACUAAAGUGGCAGUGGUCUAAGCAGAUAAUUGCUGCUCUGCUUAUAUGUAGCAAAAUGGAAAGCAUAGCUUAACACAGUAACCCAAGUGAGUUCAAGGCAAAUGAAUAUUCUAAGGAUCAUAUUUUCUUAUUUUUGGAGCUUGCUAUGUGGUGACAUAUAGUCUGCAUUUUGCUUUUCUGACUUGAUUCUAGUCUUAGUAUGUUUUGUGCUGGCUCUAAGGUGUAGAAGUCCUAA